CAUGUCUUCAACCGUAUUUCCGUUUUCUCAUUUCGGACAUUUUCCAUCUCUGCAUCUGUUAGAUCUCCCCAUUGCAUUCCCAUACUUCUUCCAUAUCAUUUUUCUCUUAAUCCUCUCUUCUCACUCAUAAACCCAAUACUAAAUCUAUCUAUCUAUAUAUACAUAUAUAGAUUCUUCACAUUUUGACAGAAACCCAAAUCAGAUCUCGAUCGCAUUCGAUCUCCACCAGCAAUGGCGACAAUGGAGAGCUUGAUUGGACUUGUUAACCGAAUCCAACGAGCUUGCACUGUAUUAGGCGAUCAUGGCGGUGAAGGAAUGUCCCUCUGGGAAGCCCUUCCUUCUGUUGCGGUCGUUGGAGGCCAGAGUUCUGGGAAAUCAUCGGUGUUGGAGAGUGUUGUUGGGAGAGAUUUUCUGCCUCGUGGAUCUGGUAUUGUUACUAGAAGGCCAUUGGUGUUGCAACUACAUAAGACAGAGGGGGGAGCUGAAUAUGCCGAGUUUUUGCAUGCACCAAAGAAGAAGUUCACUGAUUUUGCUGCUGUACGUAAGGAGAUAGCAGAUGAAACUGACCGUAUUACAGGGAAGACUAAGCAAAUCUCUAACAUUCCAAUUCACCUGAGCAUUUAUUCACCAAAUGUUGUAAACUUAACCCUCAUAGAUCUUCCUGGGCUGACGAAGGUUGCUGUGGAGGGACAGUCAGACACUAUUGUUGAAGAUAUUGAAAACAUGGUCCGUUCUUACGUUGAGAAGCCCAAUAGCAUUAUACUGGCUAUUUCUCCCGCUAAUCAAGAUAUUGCCACUUCUGAUGCUAUAAAGCUUGCAAGAGAAGUUGAUCCAACAGGUGAACGGACAUUUGGAGUGCUAACAAAACUUGAUCUAAUGGACAAGGGAACGAAUGCUCUGGAUGUUCUUGAAGGAAGAGCAUACAGGCUUCAGCAUCCCUGGGUUGGAAUUGUGAACCGUUCACAAGCAGAUAUCAACAAGAAUGUUGACAUGAUUGCUGCCCGUCGAAAGGAGGAGGAGUAUUUUGAAUCUAGCCCGGAGUAUGGACACUUGGCACGUAAAAUGGGUGCGGAAUAUCUGGCACAACUUUUAUCUAAGCAUUUGGAGACUGUUAUCAGGCAGCGCAUACCAAGUAUUAUUGCUUUGAUAAAUAAGACAAUUGAUGAGCUUAAUGCAGAGUUGGACCGUAUUGGCAGGCCUAUUGGUGUAGAUGGAGGGGCCCAGCUGUACACUAUUUUGGAAAUGUGUCGUGCAUUUGACCGUGUGUUUAAGGAACACCUGGAUGGAGGGCGACCAGGUGGAGAUCGGAUAUAUGGCGUUUUUGAUCAUCAACUACCAGCUGCUUUUAAAAAGCUUCCAUUGGAUCGUCAUCUUUCUCUAAAUAAUGUCAGAAAAGUUAUUUCAGAGGCAGAUGGUUAUCAGCCCCAUUUAAUUGCUCCUGAACAAGGGUACAGAAGACUAAUUGAUGGAUCUCUCGGCUAUUUCAAAGGCCCAGCUGAAGCCUCUGUUGAUGCUGUACACCUUAUUCUGAAAGAACUUGUGAGGAAAUCACUAUCAGCAACACAGGAGUUGAAGCGAUUCCCAUCACUUCAAUCUGAUAUAGCAGCAGCAGCGAAUGAUUCAUUGGAAAGAUUUCGUGAUGAAAGCCGGAAAACAGUUUUGCGGCUGGUUGAGAUGGAGUCUACUUAUUUGACUGUAGAAUUUUUUCGCAAGCUUCAUCUUGAACAAGAGAAGCCAUCAAAUCAGCCUUCAAAUACGUCAGCUCCAAAUCUGGAUCGAUAUGCAGAUAACCAUCUCAGGAGAAUUGGAACAAACGUCACAGCUUACGUUAAUAUGGUUUGUGAUACAUUGCGGCUUUCUAUUCCCAAGGCUGUUGUUUAUUGUCAAGUCCUACAAGCCAAGAGAUCUCUCCUCAACCAAUUUUACGCUCAUGUUGGGAGGAGGGAGAAGGAGCAACUUGGGAAAAUGUUGGAUGAGGACCCAUCACUGAUGGAAAGAAGAGAUCAAAUAGCUAAGAGACUUGAGUUGUACAAGUCGGCGAGAGACGAGAUUGACUCAGUUGCAUGGAAGUGAUUGCCAAUUAUAAAUUUCCCAGACCGGGCAAGCACUGUCUCUCAGUAUAUGCACAACACAUAAUGAAAGCCCACACAUACUUGAGGCGCAUAGAGUGGAGUUUGCUUUAUUUUAUUUUUUCUUCUUUGUUUUUUCAACAUUACGUUUACUUUAUUUUGCAAUUUGUUUAGUAGAACCUGUUUCAAGUGAAAUUAUCAUAACUUUGCUGGGAAUUUUUUAAUUCUUUGUAUUGAUUUCUUUAUGCAUUCUUUGUUCUUGUUGAUGAUGUUCUGAUAGAAAUGGUCACAUAGUUGAUAACUUUUUCCACUGUUU